CACUUAAGUCUCAACGCUCUAAUCAGUCCUGUCCAGUUUUUAUGGCAAUUUACAAUAAAAUUUUUUGAAUCUUGACAAUCCACAUUAGAAAAAAAAGGCCAAAUAUCUAAAGAAAGAAAUGAAACUCUAAGUAAGGUGUGAAAUAUUCUUGAAAGUAUAAGUUGCCAUUAAACUUAAAAUCGAAAAAAAUUUUAAAAUUUUCAUUAAAAAGUUUUGUAAAAAGUUCAAUAAUUUUUGCGUUUAGCAUGAAAGUUCACCAAAACUGAUUAAUUUUUUAAUUUUUGAAAAAGUCAUCUUAAGAAUUUUUGGUCUCAAGCGCAAGAAUUGACGUACAUACAUACAUAUGUGUGUGUGCGUGCAGAAUGAAACAUAUUGGAAGCAUUUUGAUUGUAUUAUCAGAUUAUUUAGUUGUAUUACCUUAAAUUUAUUGAAAAAUUGAAACUAUGAUAUGUCGUUUGUGCUUGAAUGAUGUUGAAAAUUAUUUCGAUUUUUUUAGUGAAAAGGGAAAAGUUUUAAACGCAGCAAAAAUUAUUAGCCAACAUUUUUGGUUUGAACCAAAAAAAAAUGACAGCUCUCAGAAAACUAUUUGCGAAAAUUGUUGGGAAAAUAUCAGUAACUUUCACUCUUUUUAUGUUCUUAUAGAAGGUAGACACAAGUUACUUUCGUAUAUAAAAUCAGAUCCAUUUGAAGAGAAGCCUAAUGUGAUAUCCAACAGCAAGAGCGUGAACAAUAUAAAAAAUAAACUUGAUAUAAUAGAUAAUUCUGUAAAUUCGUGCUUCGACGGCAUCAAAUUGGAAGUGGUUUCAGGUGAAAGCGCUAAUAUACACAGUUCAAAUAUCCAGCUAACUUCUAACGAUUGUCAAUACAUUGAUAAUGAAAAUAGAAAACUUAGAUAUCGCGGAAAAAAAUUGUCACUAGUCAACGAUAAGAUUAAGCAAUCUGAUUUAGUAGUCAAAAGCUUUAAAAUAAAAAAAGAAAAUCAGAAGAAAAAUUUAAGUCCGAAAAACUUGAUACUUAAAAAAGUUGAUAAAAUACAGCCCGGUAUCGUGAAAAGAAAGAACGAGUUUUUUUCUGAUGAGCAAAUAAGGGAAAUUAAGACACUAAAUUGUAAUAGCUGCUAUGAAAAAAUAUCCACAUUUUCAAAACUGAAGAAACACAUGAAUGAGGUACAUGGUGAAAAUGGCUAUGUUGUAUGCUGCGAGAGAAAAUUUUACAAGAGAUACAAAUUUGUAAACCAUUUACAAGCUCAUUUAAAUCCGGACGAAUUCAAAUGUCCACACUGUGAUAAACGAUUAGCAAGUAAAAGAAAUGUGAAGCUUCAUAUAAAAAAUAUGCAUACAGAAAUAGGAAAAUUGAAAAAUUUUAGAUGUGACCAAUGUGAAAAAACUUUUGCUCAAAAAGCUUAUUUAGAUAGGCAUAAACUCGGUCACAUACCAGACAGUGAAAAACAUUUUGCUUGCGAAAAAUGUGGAAAUAGAUUUCCAACACCAGCUUUACUUCGAGUUCAUACUGUCAAUGUUCAUGAAAGUAGGCAUAGUUCCAUAUGUGAUUUGUGUGGAAAAAAAUAUAAAAGUUCUGUAGAUUUAAAACGUCAUCGACUGGAACAUAUGGGAAUACAUGAACCUAAGGUGCAGUGUGAAAUUUGUAGUGAUUGGCUAUCAAAUAAAUACAAAUUAAAGCGUCAUAUGCUGAAACAUACAACAGCAGAUAGUGAACAUCGCUGUCCAAUAUGUAAUAAAAUGUCAGGAAAUCUUUUGGCUUUGAAAAGUCAUAUGAGAUUACAUAUAGCUCCCAAAAAAUUUCAGUGUAGUAUUUGUCAAAAAGGAUUUCGGCGCAGUUUAAGUUUGAAGGAACAUAUGACGACACAUACAGGAGAGACUUUAUAUUCAUGCACCAAUUGCUCACGAACUUUCACCCAUCACUCAAAUUUGCAUCAUCAUAGAAAAAAAAUGCAUCCCAGAGAACUCGAAGAAGAUAGAAAAUUGAGACACUUAAAGACAGAAAAUUAUAAUACUUUAUUGGGUACACUUAAGCUGGAUAUAGUUAACAAUGAAAAUAGUACACAAAUUGUGAACACUGCAAUGGAAGCUGAAACAAAAACUCCGUGAAAAAUAGUAUAUUAAUAAAGGAAACAAUAUUAUGAUAUAAUAUGUAUGUAAUAAUAUGCUUAAGAUAUACCAAAUCGAGGAUUUCACAUUUAAAUAAAAUGCGAAGACGCACAACAUCUUUGAGUGUUUUUGAUAAUGUAAUAUAUUUCGCAUUUCUAACUUGGAACAUAAAUAACUUAGACAACAGAAAGACGCAGCUGCCAAAACUAUAUAUGUAUUUAAAGUGUCAGAAAUGAAACCACAAAAUUAAAUAGACAUUUUAUUAUUUCCAGUUUACUGAUUAAAAUAAUCAGUAAUAUAUCGUAAAAUAUAUGUUAAAAAUUUCAACAUGUAA